AGUGCUCUGUUAAUAAUAGGAGCAGGCAAGUGUGGCCUGCAGCCAUUUGCCCAGCAAUACUGUGUCAGUUCUGUGAAAGCUGACAGUUUGCUCUCCCCCUUCCCCUCGCCACUUGCCGGUACAGUUGUGAGAAGGCAACAGCAGCAGCAGCACCAGCACCGGGGGGUUGGAUCAUUUGACUGCAGAGAAGGCAACAGCAGCAGCACAAGAAGGAGGAGCAGCAGCAGCUUUAGCCCAUUAAACAGUGGAGACAGCAGAGGGGGCUUGUAGCAGCCUGGGCUUUGCUUCUUCAUCUCAUCCAGGGACACAGGAUGUCAGGUAAAACCAACAGGAGCUCCAGUGGAAGGAGCGGAGACCCCCAAGGGGAUGAAGCGCAGAGGAAAAAGAAGAAAAAGAAGGCAUCGUGCUUCCUCAAUAUCAAGAUCUUCCUGGUGUCCGAGUGUGCGCUGAUGUUAGCUCAGGGCACGGUAGGAGCUUACCUGGUCAGUAUGCUGACAACGCUGGAACGGAGAUUUAACCUACAGAGCGCAGACGUUGGGGUCAUCGCCAGCAGCUUUGAGAUUGGAAAUUUAGCUCUGAUACUGUUUGUUAGUUAUUUUGGUGCCAAGGGACACAGACCACGGUUGAUAGGAUGUGGGGGUAUUAUUAUGGCCCUUGGAGCUCUUCUUUCAGCCCUGCCUGAAUUUCUGACCCAUCAAUACAAAUAUGAACCUGGUGAGAUCCGAUGGGGCGCAGAAGGAAGAGACAUUUGUGCCAUCAAUGGUUCUGUGAGUGAUGAAAUUCCAGACCCGGAUAUUAUCUGCAGCAAUACAGCUACCACCAACAUGAUGUACUUGCUUCUGAUUGGUGCCCAGGUCCUACUUGGGAUUGGAGCUACACCUGUACAGCCCCUUGGAGUUUCCUAUAUUGAUGACCAUGUUAGAAGGAAAGACUCUUCCCUUUACAUAGGAAUCCUCUUCACCAUGUUGGUAUUUGGACCAGCCUGUGGUUUCAUCUUGGGUUCCUUCUGUACAAAGAUUUACGUGGAUGCCUUUCUUACUGACACAAGUAAGCUGGACAUCACCCCAGAGGACCCACGCUGGAUUGGAGCCUGGUGGGCUGGUUUUCUUCUCUGUGGUGUUUUGCUCUUCUUUUCAUCGCUCCCGAUGUUUGGUUUUCCACAGUCCCUGUCCCCGCAAAUUGACCGCUCAGAAGAGAGUGAGCAAACCAUGUUGCCUGACACGGAAUAUGAGAGGCCCAAGCCUAGUAACGGGGUCCUGAGGCAUUCCUCAGAAACGGGGGACGGCACAUCCUGUUUCCAGCAACUUCGAGUGAUUCCCAAAGUGACAAAGCAUUUGCUGUCAAAUCCUGUGUUCACCUGCAUCGUUCUAGCAGCUUGCAUGGAAAUCGCAGUGGUUGCAGGCUUUGCGGCAUUCCUGGGGAAAUACCUGGAGCAGCAGUUUAACCUGACCACUUCUUCUGCCAAUCAGCUGUUAGGAAUGACAGCUAUACCCUGUGCCUGCUUAGGUAUUUUCCUUGGUGGGCUUCUUGUGAAGAAGCUAAGCUUGUCUGCGCUGGGGGCCAUCAGGAUGGCGAUGAUGGUAAACCUUGUGUCCACAGCAUGUUAUGUGUCCUUUCUCUUCCUGGGAUGUGACACAGGCCCUGUGGCUGGAGUGACUGUUCCCUAUGGAAACACCUCCAUCCCCGGUGCCCCCGUGGACCGAUAUGCAUCUUGCAACACUGACUGCGAGUGCGAGACGGACUCCUUCGCUCUUGUGUGCGGUGCGGAUGGAAUCACGUAUCUGUCUGCUUGCUUUGCUGGCUGCACAAAAAUGAAUCUGGCUGGCUGCGCCUGUCUGACUUCAGUCCCUGUGGAGAAUACCACGGUCGUUCCUGGAAAAUGUCCCAGCCCGGGUUGUCAAGAGGCCUUUCUCACAUUCCUGUGUGUGAUGUGUGUCUGCAGCAUGAUAGGAGCUAUGGCCCAGACGCCGUCAGUUAUCAUUCUGAUCAGGGCAGUAAAUCCUGAACUGAAGUCAUAUGCCCUGGGGGUUCUAUUUCUUCUUCUCCGUUUGAUUGGGUUUAUUCCUCCACCACUGAUCUUUGGAGCGGGAAUUGAUUCAACGUGCCUCUUCUGGAGCACAUUUUGCGGAGAACAAGGAGCAUGUGCACUGUAUGACAAUGUGACAUACCGAUACUUGUAUGUUAGCAUUGCGAUUACACUGAAAUCAUUAGCAUUCAUCUUGUAUACCACAACAUGGCAAUGCUUGAGGAAAAACUAUAAAAGAUACAUCAAAAACCAUGAGGGUGGACUCAGUCCAAGUGAGUUCUUUGCCUCAUCAUUGACCCUGGACAACCUCGGGAAAGACUCUGUGUCCCAAAACAAAACUCAUAGGACAAAAUUCAUAUAUAAUCUUGAAGACCAUGAAUGGUGUGAAAAUAUGGAGUCUGUUUUAUAGUAGCAGGUGACUGAACUAAUUCUAUAGUGUCAUUUGAGAGUUCUCCUUUUUUUAAAGGAAAAAAAGACAUUAUUACCCUGGGCAGUCCUUGAUGUUCUGUAUUAGUUAAAAAAUGGCCUAGUAAAGCAAUGAAAAUGUAUUUAUUGUAGUUUUGGCCUUCAACAUUUGAUCUUCCACCGUUAAUGGUAAUGCUCCAGAUGACAAAGGCUUUAUCAAAGGCUGAAAUGGUUGGAGAGAAGUGGAUACAAAGCCAAAGCUGUCAGGAUACCAGUAUAUAAAUUAGUAUCUUUAUGCAAUAUUGCAUUCUGAUUAGUACAGGUACUAACAUUUUUCCUGGAAAAUGGCACACCAAGAACACAAUAGUCCAAUACCAGCUCUCUUCCCUGUGAAUGACAACCUAGAAUCUAAUACAUUAUACUCAACAUAGUGGCUUUCUAAACAUGAAACAACAUAGUUAAUUUUGUUGUGAGUGCACGCGUGUGUGAGUGCCAUGGAUUUAAAUUCAACCCUCUACUAUUACAAGAACAUGACUUAUAUUUUUUUGUUGCCAUGAGUCCUUUCUAAAUGACGUGUGCCACAUUCUUGUAUCAUUCAUAUUUAAACAUUGUUUAAGUAGGUAAUGUUGUAUAGUCACACAAGAAAUCGGUUAAUUGUGGCUAUCUGCACCUGGUCAAAUGCUUUACACACCUAAGUGUGAUAGUUCGUUUGUAUUGUUUUUUUAAAGAGUGAAAGUUCACCAUUAUAUAAUUACAUCCAUAAAUAUUACAAAACCGCUUGUACUAAAGGGAAACCUAAGAGUCUCUAAUUGGGAUGAGUUUUCAUCCCAUUUAAUGUCUUCUUUCUCCUAUACCCUGCUUGUGUCUUCUGUAUAGUGUCUUGAGUAUAGAAAGACAACUCUUAUACAAACCUUUGCAGAAUUUGAUUUAACCAUCAAGAAAAAAGUUGUCAAAUGGGCUUUAACUAGCACAAAAACAGAAGACUGAAUGGAUUUUUAAUCUGCUCAAUGAUUUAUAGAUGCAGCUCUCCUAUUUUUUCCCAAUACGAUUUUGGCAUUUGGGACCUUAGGGGGGUUUGUUAUGAAAAUGAAUUGCAGAAGAAUUUGCAGGAGCUCAGACAUCACCAGCCUGUUGGUUUGUAUAUUUACUGAUACCAUUUUAAGGGAAAUCCGCAAGACUGAGACUGCUAAAAAUGAACACACGUGUUUGCGAUAUACUGUAUAGUCUUUGUUAAACGUAGUUAAACAUUUAAGGACCCUAGACAAGAUAUUGUCAUGGCAUGGCUUCUCUAAAUUAGGUGGUGUUUUAAGCUGAAUCAUUCCAAUCAACAUACUCCCUUUCCGGGCUUUAUACCGCAGAUUUGCUGCUGCUGUUAUCACAAAAGAUAUUUCAGAUUAUGUCACAUCAUAACAAAUACAAAAAAGUAGUAGCCAUUAUGUAUUAGCCUGAAAUAUACAUUUGGGGGUAACUCUUGCUAUGUGUGAACACCAUUAACAGGGUGUUUCUGUGGUAAGUGCCCACUGCUCUUAGUUUAUGCUUUCUGCACUAGUUUUAAUCACAUCUGAUCUGAGCAAUGCUAAAUAGCAAAUUUAAGCAGGGACCUCCCUGUCAAACAUGUUAUUCCCAAACCAAUGGUUUUAAUAUGAAUGUGUUCCAUCCUUCAUUCCAGUUACAGACUUGGCUCUUCUAGGAAGUCUUUCCCUAGAUGUUGGAACAUUGUCAGUGGUAUUUACUUCAAUUCAGUCACAAACGCAUUUGUGAGGUUGGGAAUUGAUGUUGGGGAUCAAGUCUGGCUUACAGUCAGCAUUCCAGUUCAUCCAUUAGAUGUUCAGUAGGGUUGAUGUCAGGGCUCUAGGUAGUCCAGUCUUCUUCCUUCUUCCAUCCCAUCUCAGCAAUCCAAUUCUGUAUGAACCUUACGAUUUGCACUGCACUAUUAUCUUGCUGAAACAGUACAGGACAUUUCCCAAACUGUUGCUUCAAAAUAGGAAGCACAUUAUAGUCAUUAGAUGAUGCAGCGGCAAGCACCUAUAUCUGCAAUUCUGGCUGUUGCUUUAGUAGCUAAUUAUGUUAAUUAGAAAGGUUGUCCACAUACUUUUGACUAGAGUAGACAGGUGGUGUUUACCUCUAUAAUGUAUCCAAGUAGAUGUAUGAAAGUUAGCUAUGAUCCAGCCAUUUGGGGAACAUUUGCAAUGUUUUCAGUGUUUAGCAUUAGUAAAGCUGUUUUUGUGCCAUUGGAAAAAACUCCUUUUAGGAUAUUAGAUUGAUAGGGAAAAGAACAUUUUAUAGUAUAUAUAAUCUACGUGCCAAAAGGGCCCAAAAGCUUUCAUUAUAAAUAGCUUGAAGUUAUUGGUCAAACAACAUUUAUUGCCAAUACUGAAAAACUGUUUUUUUUUUUUUUUUUUUGUACCUUCUUUACCUACAUGUUUUCAUUCUUCAAAAACAAAAGGAUAGAAAUUAGGAGAAAAUAUUUAUAAGCGUAAUCUCUCUCUGUUGUUCAAUAUCGGUAGCAGAGGGUUUUGAUUCAAAAUAUUAUAACAUUCUUGUAUUAACAAGUCACGAUCUUUGUACUUUUUAUUUCCAGUAAUUAUGGUUUGGUUUCAUUAAGUAUUUUGCAAACUGUACAUUUUCAAAGAUGAUUUUUAUUUAUUUUAUGUAUCCAAUAAGUACUCUAAUAUGAAAACAUAUCAUUUUUUAAAAAGAUUUUUAUGUUUUUAUACAUAUGAAAAUUAAUAUGAUUGCACUGUAAUUAGAACACCAUAACUGUCAGUAGAUCACACUGAAGAUCAAGAUGCAUAUAAAGGGAAAUGAAUAUGGCUUUGUUCCAUUCUGAAAGCGGCAUCAUUUGAAAUGGCAAAUAGGGAUUUGAUGUGCAGCAUUUUUUUUUUUAAAAAAAAUGCUUCAUGAGAUUUGGUUUAAAAUCUCAAUACUUUCAUCAGGGAUGAGAUAAAAUAGCCUUACUUGAAUGUCUCAUAAACCAAUCUUGAUUUUUUUUUUUUCAGGGAGGAAGAGAUAAAAACAUCCUCAUUUGAACUCCUCACUAACUGAGACAGCUCAGCUAAGUUUAGAACCUCUGAGAAAUCUGCCCUGCGCACUCUAAACUGGCAGCGUAAUCAGCAUCACAGAUCUCAAAACACAUAUUUCAGACUGGCAAAGUAUAAAUAUAUAAAAUAAGUCUCCUGGCAGAUCGGAGGGAAAAAAAACUCAUUUGUAAGAAAGUUUCUGUUUCUAAGUAAAGCAUCUUCCUUGCACAAAUAACAUUGUGCAUGCUAACAAAGAAAAAUAAUAAAGGGAUUAUUAUUCAAGAGGUCAAGACAAAUAUAUCGUUUAUAGAGGAUCCUUAUGAUCCUCAUUAAUAAAAAUACAGUAGAAAAUACAAGUAUGGCAUCUCUUAUCCUGAACCCAAUAUCAAGAAAGCUCCGAAUUACAAGCAGGCCACCUCUAAUAGUCCAUUUUAAUAAUUGAAUAAUAUCUUUUUAAGAUGAGUUCCAUUUUCUCUGUAAUUAUAAAAUAGAACCUUUCACUUGGUGGUAACUAAGCUGCAUGAAUCCAUAUUGGUGGUAUUUAAUAUUUAAAUGUUUUUUUUAGUAGAUCUAAGGUAUGGUGAUGCAAAUUAUUCAAAUGUCCCAUCACCAGUAUUACAGACAAUAGAUCUGUAGAAACAAUAAUAAGGUCAUGCUUGUUUCUUACCCAAUAUUCGAUUUGCAAAGCUGAUUCAUUGACCUAAUAUGUGUCCCCUAAAAAAAAAGAAGCUAACUCUGAGAUAAUACAAACUAAAGUGGUCAUGCUCAUAAAACUGCUAUGUUUUAUCCAUGUUAUUAUAUUUAAUAAAAGCAAGUCAGGACUGUUCCAUUUACAGGGGUUCUUUAAAAAGUAAUUGUCAAAAGGCAUUGUUUGCAAUCAAAAUAGAUUGCAUUAUGCUUAUAAUUUGACCUAGAAGGCAUGUCUGUCUUCCUUUAAAAAAUCUAUUUAUGGACACUGCACCUACCUCAGGGGUUAGUGGCUUUGUGCCUGCUGAAUGCGUGAAAGUGCACUUCAUAUUGAUAUAAAUGAUAAAGUAAUAAAGACUAGUUGUACAUA